AUGGGGAAAUCGAACAAGGCGACGACAUGGGAGCAGGAUCAAUACCUCCAAGCAUUCGCUGGGCUGACCGUGAACCAGCUCAAGUCGCAGGCAACCGACGAGCCAGACGGCGUAUUCAAGUUCAGCGCCAACGAGAAGGCCCUCGCACUCCAGCACGCCGUCAAGAACGUCUACACCGACAAAGUGCCACCACCCAUCAACGUCUUCAUCCACCUGGUCACCGGCGUCAUUCCUGUUCCAAUCCAGUACGGCCUCGAUGCCACGGAAGCAUGUCUUGAAGGUGUCCGACGUCUGAUCAUGCACGUCAUCGCAGAGGCGACCAAGCAGGGCCUCGUUCACUCCGAGGACGUUGGCAAUGGAGUCUGGAAGGUCCACGUGUCGACACACCUCAUCAACUGGGAUGGCACUGGAGGCUGGAAAGCGAUCAAGAAGCCUUCACUCUUCCCCGAAGGCCCAGUGCAGCAGAACGAAUUCGCAUCCUACCAAAAGCUUGUUCCCAACGCUACUUCCGCAGAAUCCUGGGCCACUCUCAUCAAGAUGGCAAUGCACCACUUCGCCGCCACGGCCAACUCGCAAGUCGUUGCCCAGGCCGCCAAUACCAUGAUCACUCCACGAGUUCUCGCUGCUCCCACAACCGCCCUCGCCGGAAUCACCAACACACCUGCCACCACUUCUACCUACCGGCCAUCCAACUUCACUGACCAGCCCACACACGAGCAAGACAACCAAAUGAAUGCAUACUACGCCUUCAGACGCUUCUUGGGUCGACACAACAUCGAGGCCAGACAUGGAGUUGCUCCGCCUGCUCAUGUGCUCAAGACUUUCGCUUGGAAUGGGGGUAAUGGCGAGAAGCAGCCUGGACAUGAUUACGUCAAUUGUUUCGCAUGCACAGGUGGGCGGUAUUGCUUUCUCUCCACCUCCGUCCGUCAUUAUCUCGAGCGUGAAAUCUUGCAGAGUCUCGUGUAUCUGAUAGUUAUGAACAUCAACGCGGCGAAGGCUACUAUUGAACCUGGCAUCACGUUCGCGGUAUCGCACGAGUACGAGGCCAAAAGCGAGAUACGGAGACCGGAGUACAGCAUAGAGAUGAACUAG